AUGGCAUCGGCGAUUUCGUUCGCCGAUCUGCCGCCAGAAAUGACCGAGAAGAUUCUGGAAAAGAUCGAUGCCAGCAGUAUACGAACAGCACAAGCCGUAUGUAGACAAUGGAGGAAUAUCAUUAAUCGGAGGCGCCAUCGGAUGAGGCGAAACCGAGUACAAGAGAUUUAUAUCAGCGAUGAUCAGGACGCGGCAGUAACGUUGACGAUUACACAUCUAUCACCAUCGUUCGAGAGCGUUUCAACGGUAAAAGUGGCGAAGUAUGAGGAACUUUUCGACUGCAUUUGGAUUUAUGCGCCCAAGAAGCUGAACAUCAGCGCUACUAGAAAUGAGCUCAGGACUGCUCUGGAUGGUAUUCCUGACUGGUGGUUCCUCACUGUUCAAAUGCUCGGCAUCUAUGAGAGCGCUUGUGACAUUGAUGCGCUGUCGUUGGUGUCCAAAGCUCCUCACUGUGCUUCACUUCGUAUUGAUCCAUGUUUCACCAUCGACAGCGUGACAUCGUUACUGGACUGCAUGAGACAAAUUCACGAAUUGAAGUACAUACGUUCGUUACACAAGGAAUCAAUUCGAACAACGUCGAAGACAAUCACCGCCGACGAUACCACCUUAGAUGCACUGAUACCGCUGUCGAUCGCUUGUCCACAAGGAUUACAGUCGUUUUGGGUGGAUUCCAUAUCUACAGACUUUUCUCUUGCGAAAAUGUUUGAGUUACUGGAGGUGAGUAUUCCUACAGCUUCAAGAUCUUCACACUAUUCUAUUGCGGCAUGGGGCAAUGUUACCUUCUUGCCAGCUUGCACGGAGGAGCUACGCAGGAAUUAA